AUGAACUACCGCUUAAUCUCCCCAAUCGGAGCACAAAACGCCGUCGUUUCCAACAACACUCUCUUAAUCUCCCCAAUCGGUAACCGCAUCUCCGUCACCGACCUCCUCAAAUCUGAAACCCUAACAGAAUCACCGCCUCACCGGACGGCGUCUUCCUCAUCGCCGUCGACGACAACGGCCGCUGCCAGUUCAUCAACCUCCGCCCUAACGGAGAGGUGUUACAUAGACGGUCCCCCAGCUGACGCCCAGGGCGAUGGGGAGAUAGAUGAGGAUGUUGUAGCUGUCCCACCUCCUGCUGUUCCUGUCGUUGAGAUAUCUUCUGAUUCCAGUCUGCAUUCGGUUUCAGACUCAUUUGAGUCUAUGAAUUCUUCAGCUUUACGGGCGGCUGGAUCGCAGCUUUUUGCUACUGACUCAGACGACGACACUGCUAUGUCUGCUGCACCAUCUCCUGCUCGUGACCUUACACCUCCACACGACCCCGAGCCUGGUCCUGAGCCAGCUCCUAUUCAUUUUGGGCAGCCUGAUGUUGCACCUAUUGAUCGUGAGCCGAUUCUUGAUCCUGACCAUGUUCCAUUUGGAUUACCCGACACUGCACCUCUUAUUCCAGACCCGGUACCUGCACCUGUUGAUCUUCCUCUUGCUGAGCCAUUUAUUCCUCCACCCACACCCGCUGAUGUUGCUCCUCUUCGUCCUGUAGAGUCUGAUGUCCACCACACUGAUUUUCCGAUUACUUUCUUACAGGACAUCCCUGCACCCCGUCCAGGGGAAGGUAUGUCAGGCCAGCCCCCGAGCUACGAUCCUUUUGCUUCAGCAGCUUUUCCUCCGAUUCCUCAGACUGCACCAUUUGCUCCUUCCACAUCUACACCGUUUGACGAGCCAUUCUGA